AUGGCUCCUCCGCCGCGCCUGCGCAUUUUGUCAGUGGGCAGCAAUGGCAUCUCUGCGUUCCUCUCCUGGAGACUCCAGGCAUCCACUUCCUGCGACGUGACGCUAGUCUGGAAAAACGGCUUCGAGGCGGUUUCUCAAUAUGGGGUGACUAUGAAGUCGAAAACAUUUGGAACAGAGCGGUUUAAGCCCCGUCAUGUUGUCCACUCCCCAGAAGAAGCCGCAUCUCGUGAAAACGUCUUCGACUACGUUAUCCUGUGCGUCAAGGCACUACCCGAUGUGUACGAUUUGGCCGCCAUCAUCGAAUCUGUCGUUGCCCCCCAGCAUACAUGUAUAUUGGUCAAUACAACAAAUACCCUUGGUGUCGAAUCGCACUUGGAACAGCGGUUUCCAACCAACGUCGUUUUAUCAUUGGUGUCCGGCGUCGAAAUAACGCAGACUGGUCCGGGUGAAUUCGAGCAUCUUGGUUCAUCAGAGAUCUCCGUGGGUGCUACGGAUAGCAACUCCAGCAUUCCCCCUGAAGUCCAGAGCGACAUGGCCCAUGCCUUAGCAAUGACCCUAGGGUCAGGACAGGUUGACUGCAAAGUAUCAACGAAUAUUAGACAAGAGCAGUUUGAGCGUAUGAUCGGUCCUAUUGCGUUCCACCCGGCGAGUGUCAUGUUCGAAACCGGGAAUCAUAAGCAGCUCUUAGAAAAAGUGGGAGUGCGCCAGCUAGUAUCCGAUGUCAUUCAAGAGUUGGUCGACCUGGCUAUGAAGAGCGGCUGCUCUUUUUCCAGCGAUUUCAGUCAGAAAACGAUCGACAAAAUGACUUCCAUCGAAACACCGAGCACAAUGUACCAGGACUUUCAAUCUCGACGACCAAUGGAGCUUGAAACGUACCUCGGAUCACCCAUUAAGCUAGCUACGCAGCUGGGCACGAAAGUUCCGCGCAUCGAGACGUUAUAUGCCAUACUGCAUCACGUCAAUACUACGAAUCUGACGAAACCUCGAGAUUCGACUCCUCCAGCAGUGGCUGCUCAACCGCCACCACGAGUCUCAUCGGUUCCUCCUCAAAGGAACGGCCCGAUGCGCCCGCCCCCUAGCAGAGUCUCAUCGGGAAUGAUGCCGCCGAGAAGAGGCCCUCCUCCGCCCAUGAUGUCGAGACCUCCAAGUGCCCAGCCGCACCCUCAUCCUGGUCGCAUUCCCCGAGAGCCUUCAUUAGAAGGCCUUGAAGAAUUCAGUCACUUAAUGCUCUACGAUGAUGCCCCAGAGGGCGCUAUUCCUCCAGGUGCUAUUCCUCCGGCUGCAACCAACGGCUACCACGAUGCGGCUCCUGGGGGUCUGCCGCCAGAUAUCGCUUUGAGGGAGCGAGAAUUAGCCCUGCGCCAGCGGGAACUGAUGCUUCGAGAGCAAGAAAUGAGCGUGAGGCGAGGAGGGCCACGCAGACCGCCUCCACCACGGUCCGUUUUUGAUGAGGAAGACGAGGAUGACUACUUCGAUCCCAUGGAAAGCAUACCUAUCCCGCACGUUGAUCCCGACAAUGUGGAUAUGAUGAGUAUAACGUCACGAAGAAACAAGAAAGCACCUAACGCCAGUCAAUUCCGCAAAAACCCAGAAAUGCAUAUGAACAUGAACGGCGGCGGUGGCGGCGGCGGCGGCCGAGCUUCGUCUUCGUUUGGCCGAUACUUUGGAGGAAGGAAACGUGCUAGCGAUCGUAUUAUGCAAGAGAUUCCUGGUCUCCAUGAAUCUCUCAUGGAUAAUCCUAUGAUGGCAUACUCGUCAAAUCGCUACGGAUCCGUCGACAGGAACCAAAUGCACCAAGGGUCUCGUGCUAACUCCCUCACUGCCAGCCGAAUGGGUGAUUUUCCUCCACACCCUGGAUACCCCGGGAGCAGAAGGAAUAGCCAGUCUCCCGGGACGCCGUUUGGAGGACCUGGACCCGGCCCUCGAAUGGGCCGACCGGGCACCGCCCAAGAUCAUCUUGUCCCCCCUGGUGGACCGAUGAAUGGGCCGAUGAAUGGACACAUGAGCGGUGGUAAUCCGUCACCGCCGGGGGCCAUGCGAACACCGGUUCCUAGGCAUCCCCCUGGGCAAGGAAAUGCGGUUGGUCCGCAGCAAGUUGAACAACAAUAUGGGGUGAGCAAACCGUACUCCGCCAAGGGUACUCCCAAGCAAAGAAGUCUGACCGGAAGUGCGAGCGCCAGCGCGGAGAGUGGUGAUAGCGGAGCUAGUGCCACACACGAAUCCGAGAACUCUGCCCAUAGCAGCCAGAUCAGCCUAGGCGCGCAGCAAGCUGCAGCCGCGGCGCUCGUUCGCUAG